AUGAGCUCCUCACCAGCCGUGGAGCCUUCGUCGCCGUCCACCACCACACCGUCGUCGCCGGCGCUGCGGGCGAACGACCACGGCCAGUUUCAGACGUCCACGCCUAAUUACGUGAACAAGAAGCAGUACCAUCCACCGCUAAACGUUAUCCUGCCAGCAACUGCUCCGGGUACACCCCCCACAUUUGGUAGGCCUAGCGGUCAAGGGCUGAGUGAGUGUCGUGUCUUGUCCACCGCCAGGCGAGCCGACCUUGACGCCGCCGCCAAGGUCGCCCGGGGCAGCGCGGCCACCCCCGCCUCAGGCGACGGCCGGGGCCACCCACCAGACGGCACAUCGUCCGACAAGUCCUCGGAGACGGCCGCUGGCGUGUCCCGCACGCCCAGCACGGCCCUAUCCCGAAAGGAGAGCUACAAGGCGCAGAGGCAGCAUUAUAGACGGGAGAAGAAGAGGGCCGCGUCAGCGUUGCUCCACUCAAUCGAGGACCCCACGGUGGUGGUGCUGGCCGACUGGCUGAAGGUCCGAGGCUCCCUGAAGUCCUGGACGAAGCUAUGGUGCGUCCUAAAGCCCGGCCUACUGCUUCUGUAUAAGAGCCCCAAAGCCAAGAGCAGCCACUGGGUGGGCACCGUGCUGCUCACCUCGUGCCGAGUGAUCGAGCGGCCGAGCAAGAAGGACGGCUUCUGCUUCAAGCUCUACCACCCGCUGGAGCAGAGCAUCUGGGCGCCGCGCGGGCCGCACAACGAGACCAUCGGAGCCGUGGUCCAGCCGCUGCCGACCGCUCACCUGAUCUUCCGCGCACCCUCGCAGGCGGCUGGCCACUGCUGGCUCGACGGGCUGGAGCUGGCUCUCCGAUGCAGCAAUGCUAUGCUCAGGUGUUCCCGGUCCAGACCGGAGCAGACCGUGGAACCUGAAGCGCCCGCCACCCAGACCAACAUCUCGCACGAGGAACUGGAGAAGCAUUUCAAUGAGCACGUCAAGCAAGUGGAUUUGUCCACCCGGAGCUCCCCCAUCCCCGUGACGUCACCCCCCGACCAGACCCCGGGCCGCUGCCGCUCGGCGGACCCCAGGCCGAAGAAGGCCAAGGCGGGCCGUGGCUCGGUGUGGGCGCAGUUCGUGGAGUCCAUAGAGACCCUCGCGCGGGAGCACGACACCAGCGACUCGCAGUCGCCGGAGAGCGAGAAGCGCGACCCCGGCUUCCUGGACUUCCUGAGGAAGAGGGACGAGAGACCUGCUCCGGAGGCGAUCGCCCAGAAGAGACUGAGCAAGAGUCUAGCGUCCAGCCCUCUGAGGGUCGACGCGCCGAGGAGGUCGCCGAUCCUGAGGUACUUCGACCUGCCCAAGCUGCCCGUCCAGGUGGACAGGAGCCGGAGGAGGUUGCCCUCCUCGAGCACUCUCGACGAGGGCCUCGACAAGCCGCCCUCGCCGAAGAGACGCAGCUCCACCCCGUGCACCUUGAAGUCCAAAUUGGCACGGCAGCGCAUCAGCGACCUGCGCCGCACCGGUUUCAAGACCGACACGGAGAACGACGAGGCGCCGAAGAGGGUGGCGGGCGGUUCCGAGGUGCUAUGCGACGCCCCCGGCAGCGUUCUGAUAACGAAGACCGCGCCCUCGGUUGAGAGGUUCGCGUGCAGCAGCUCGUCGACCAGCGACGGCUGCGACGGCAAGCCGGACGGCGCGUCGUACCGCCACGGCUCGCCGUCGGUCGGCAAGUUCUCGCUGAUCGACUACGCGAAGUUGCCAUCGGCCAGCUUCGAGACCGUCCAGUCGGAGAGGAGGGGCAACAGGCUCUCCAGCCAGAGCGUCUACGUCACCGGCAAGGUGCUGGAGAGCGGUAGG